AUGAAUAAUGCGGUAUUUGGCCAAUCCAUGGAAAAUGUGCACAAUCACGUCGAUGUGCGGCUUUUAACGAAAUGGGAAGAUAGAUUUGAUGCUGAGGCGAUGAUCGCAAAACCGAAUUUUCAUAGUCGUAGCGUCUUUUCGGAGAAUCUGGUCGCGGUAGAAAUGCGCAAACUCGAGGUCAAGUUUAACAAACCAAUCUACGUGGGUAUGUACGGUCCAUGCAUGCUUACUCAGCACAUCGAUAACGAUGAGAAUGUAGUGGUAACCUCUGUUGAAUCGCGUGUAAGGACGCAUCUCGACCACAUCCGCCUGCCACAGGUUAUCGUAUCCGCAAACUAUGACGCGUCUUUGUGA